CCUCCGCCGCUGCUCUGCCUGCGCUCCUGCUCCUGCGCCCCGCCAGGGGCGGGGGCGUUGCGAUGAAGCGGGGGUUCGAGGCUGAGCCGGCCCUCGAUGGAGCAGACUGCCCCCUGGAUGCAGCCUUCCCCACGGGCCGGCCCCGGGCCGCUGCAGCGCUGCCUCCUGAGCGGUGAGUUCGACCAGCUGCGCGACUUGCCCAUCUUUGAGAGCAACUUCGUGCAGGUGACCCGCUCGGGAGAAGUCGUCAACAGGGUGACCAUGGCGGUCGCAGCCUCUAGCCCGGCCUUGGAGCUCCCGGACCUGCUGCUGCUGGCCGGCCCCGCCAAGGAAGACGGACAGCUGCAGCUCCUAGGACUGUUCCCCCUGCAGUUCGUCCAGCUCUUCAUCCACAACAAGAGGCGGCGGCAACUCAAGGUCAAGUUCUGCACGGGCCGCGCCUUCUACCUGCAGCUGCGUGCACAGCCCGAGACCCGCAAGCGCGAGUUCGGCAAGUGGGUGCGCCUGCUGUACCGCCUGCGCUUCUGCGAGGCCCAGGGUGCCGUGCCCUUCACACAAGACCCCUGGGAGCUGGGGGAUGACGAGGAGGACGAGGACGGGCCCUGCCUGGAGUGCGGGCAGCUCCGAGCCAAGGAGGCCAUACUGGACCCUCAGACCUCUGAGCUCUGGGGGCUCUGACCACAUCCCGUAUUGUCAGGGUAACCUAAGAACCAGGGCCAGAGGCCCCUGACGCAAGGGCUGCCCCGGGCCUGCAUCAGAGUUCACAGUCUGGCCACCAUGGAGAUUUCCCAGGGAUUGUUGGACAGCCGCGUGGAGCACCCAGAGACCUGGUGCCCCUCUUCCCAA